AUGCCUACGGUCAACGCCGUGCCUUCGAUCCCACCUCAGAAUGACUUGCGGCAACAAGCCACCCACACCCAAGCCAAGAUCAAUGUUGCUGCAGCUCAGAAGCUCAUACAAAACGAGCAAUACAAUGAAUCAUUUCUACUCCUUCGCGACGCACUUCAAGACCCAGACAGUAUCGAUGACGUGAGGACAAUGGCACUCAUCCACUUCCCUGAUCUCUAUAUGAAGAUGGCGUUGCUCGAGGACGUCGAGCUUGCGGCGCGCACCUACGCCAGCGAGGACGUUAGUCCUGACCGGCUCCCGGAAGACUUGGACUAUAGAAUGGGAAACCAAAUAUGGGGCAAGCCAAAAGCCCGCCGCUGGAUGCGAACCUGGCAAGCCAUGAUCCAAGUGGCUGUCAUGAUGGGCGACUACGGGCGAGCUAUAGCCCUCACCACUGAGAUCCUCCGCAUCAAUCCCAGCGACAACAUGGGCAUGCGCUACACCUUCGGCUCCAUACUCCUGCUCUCCGGGCGGAUAGAAGAUGCCUUGUCCUUCUCCCUCGCCUGGAUCAAUGCCAAGAAUGGGACGCCUCUGCGUGGAGGAUGUGCCUUCGAAAGGCCGACGGGUGCGCCCUUGUCUCAGGACGUGCUUGCUUUCCAUCGCGUGAAGUGUCCGUGGGUGGUUGCAUCCGAGCAUUUCCUCACAGCCGCUCUCGCCGCGUUCCGGUUAUGGGGAGACUGCGGGCUCGCGAGGCAAUGUCUGAGCAUGGGAGCCCAUACGUGUCCUAUCGUCAUGAGGAGAAUUCUGGGAGGCUCGGCAAAGCCCCACGGACCAUGGAUAGGGCCUAGUGAUGCCGGACCGGAAGCGGCGCGGGACUACCUCUGGCUAGCUCAGGAUUUCUGGACCACCCCCAACGUGUUGGCUUGGGCUACUUCUGACAAGGAGGUCAAGGACAUGCUUUUGCAGCGGUGUUCGCGAGAAGGCUGCCACAACCGCGAGACGUCCAUCUUCGGGUUCAAGCAUUGCGGAAACUGCCACAACAAGAUCUAUUGCGGACACGAGUGCCAGAAGGCUGAUUGGCCGCUCCACAAGCCGAGCUGUCGUUUUGUGUAUCGCCGCUACCGGGGCCUGGAGAAGAAGCGCGUCGUCCCUAUGAACAAGUUGGUCUCUCGGGUCGAAGACGCCUUGAUUGAUUGUCCGCACAACAUCGAAUUCCGCUUGCGGAGCAUCUAUACGUCCAGUGACGAGGACAGUGAUUAA